UAUGACGUAGAAGCAGUUUGUUGGGAGCUUCAUUCCGUUGUGAGAAGUCGAAGCAAACGUGUGUCUGUACAUAGUGACGCUAAUUUACAACGAUGUUUGUUAAAACGAUAGUGUUGUUAAUAGUGUACUUUUCUGCAGAUUUCUCAAAUGGACAAAGAGAAAACAAGUUUUUCCGAGAAGAUUACACGUAUAUAGAUGAGGGCAAAGGUUUCUAUAAGAUCCAUCAGCACCAGCAAACCUGGUUCGCUGCCAAGGUUGUGUGUGCUCGGGAAGGAGCGAGUCUGUUCUUCCCUGAAAAUGAUGCUGAAGCCAUGGCUGUCGUGGCCUUCUGGGAGAGAACUGCACCCUCACGUGAGCGAAUGCUGCUGGGCAUGUCAGAACUCUUGGUCACAGGAGAUUUUGUUACUAUUGAUGGCAGACCAGUCACUGAAGUAUAUAACAAUUGGAAGCCAGGCGAGCCGAACCACCUUGGCGGCGACGAGCACUGCGUCAACUGGCACAAGGGAGGUGUCCUCAAUGAUUGCCCGUGCGACUACAGAGAUGAUUUCAUUUGCAAAAAGAGCCUCCAUACACUAGAGUGGAACUAUCUUUGCAACAUGUCAAAUAUGGACUACACUUACAACAGGGACGCUGGCAAGUGUUACAAAGUUCACACAACGCCUGUGACCUGGACCGAAGCUAAAGCCAUAUGUGAGGCGGAGCUAACGCAGCUGGCAGUAAUCAAUAACAAGGAAGAAGCUGAAUAUCUUGCCAGUUUAAUUGAGUCCACACCCACCCCAAGAACUGCAGACAAUUACAUGCGUGGAGUAUAUCAUAUGGGUUUCCACAACACAUACGGCGGAGGCUGGCUGACAGUCAAAGAUUUAUCAUUGACAGCCAGACCUGACAUGUGGUGGGGGAACAAUGUUCCCAAGGGAGACUAUCAGUGCGGCUCAAUGUUCUUCAACGGACUUCUGAACAAUAUAGAUUGUGCAACGUCAAGUUUCUUUAUUUGCGAACACGAAGCGCAAUCGAAUGAAUUGUUAUAAUUUUAGUACAUAAUGCAGUAUUGUGUAUAAGUAGAUGACAUAAAUGUCAAGAUUAAGCUUUACAUUUGGAACUUCAAAUAUGAUUAUUAAUAAGCUCAAAAUCGAAAUAUUUAUUCGCUUGUUAAGGUGUAAGAAGUAGUUUAAGGUUAAGACUUUUUGUAUAGGAUACUUCAAUAUUCGUAGUUUCAUGUGACCCUUACAUCUUUAUGCGGUGGACGGAUUUAGGAAAUCUGUUUUGCUUAAAAAUAAUAUACAUUUUAUUUUUGUGGCUAACCUAACCUUAGGGUUAAGAAGUGUAAAAUGACACUUUUUUAUUCAUUGAUAGCCUAUCAUCUAAGAAGAAUCUGUAUUUAAGUUAUUUUACUUAUUUAUGACUUAUUGUAUUGUAUUUCUGUUAUGUUGUAGAUUUUGUUUACCUACUAACUAAAUAAGGCUGUAACAAAAAAAUGCAGUACAAAUUGAUUAGGUACUAGAUUUGUAUCAUGACUUAAAAUUAAAUAUUUCCAAAAUUA